AUGAAGACUACGCAUGUUGUCCCAAUCUCCCUUGCCUGGUGGUUGACGAAGGUCGUCACCCGACCCGUCUCUGACCAGCCAGGUUUCACAACUCCCGGCAUCGCUGAUAGCAAUCAAACAGUAACAGUAGAGUCUAACACCAUAGCGUCCGAUAUCCAGGCUCUGGAUAGUCCUCACGGUGGCGAUGUGGACUCCACUGAGAACGUCAACCCCGACCCAAAAACCCAGAUCUACCCCAAGCGGUCGGACGGUGACGCGCCAUAUUCGAAGUCGGAGCAAGAGCUGAGAAGCAAGAUUUAUUUCCCAGAGACGUUCAAUGAAUCUUCGAAUAAACAGCCGGUGAUUCUGAUACCAGGAAUGGGUGCGAUGGCCGGAUCAACAUACCGCGCGAAUCUUGGCAUUCUACUCGCCCAGUCCGACUUUGCCGACCCUCUCUGGGUGAACAUCCCAGACGCGUCACUCAACGACGCCCAAGAAAACUCGGAAUACGUCGCAUACUCCAUGAACUACAUCCAAACCUGGACGGGAAGAAAACCAGCCGUAGUCGCUUGGGGACAGGGAAACCUCAACGUGCAGUGGGCACUCAAGUACUGGCCGAGCACCCGGGAUGCGGUUACGGACCUGGUGGCACUGAGCCCCAAUUUCCGCGGGACCACGGAGGCAUUCUACGGCUGUAACAUAAUCUUGCCCAUCAUCGGCGCCGCACCGAGUGUUUAUCAACAGACGUACGACUCUGCAUUCGUGCGCACUCUUCGCGCGGAUGGAGGCGACAGUGCAUACGUCCCGACUACGUCAAUAUUCAGUGCAACGGACGAAAUCAUUCAGCCCCAAUCUGGCCCGAAUGCUUCGGCCGUUCUCAAUGAUGCGCAAGGAGUGGAUGUGUCAAACAUUGAGGUACAAAACGCUUGUCCCAACACACCAUCUGGUCGCACUAUACCGCAUAAGGGCAUUCUGUACAACUCGUUGGCAUUCGCCCUGUUAAAAGAUGCUCUCGAGAACGAAGGACCGGGAAAGCUGGAAAGGAUUGACAAGAAGGUCUGCGGGGAUCAUUCCGCGGGUCAAUUGAACGCUGUUGAGAUCAAUGCAACGGAAGCCAUCUUGGAUGACACUGCGAUGGAUUGCCUGUUGUAUCCCAAAAAGGUAUGGGGCGAACCGGAUAUUAAGAAAUACGCGCAAGAAUAG